AUGAAGCAUCACAUUGUUGCUCUUUUUUACGCCGCGGCAAUCGUUGCCGCAAGGGAUUAUGAAGCCUGCCCACAUUCAGGGAAGCUUUUGUGCUCCGAUUCAACCCCUAAUUCCGCGGAGGAUCUCGAGAGAAUCUGCGGAUACGAGCGUGCCGACCCGACCUGCUGUUCCCUCAAAGUGGAACGCGGAAAGAUUAGCAUUGGUGCUCUGUGCCAGGACGCGGAAGGUUUUCACAAUGGCCACUUGACUGGGAACUCAAACCAUCACCAUUUUCGUCAAAGCGAUGAAGAUAGCGAGCCGAGUCCCGAAGAAUCAACCGAAUCCGGCGAGCCGAACCCAGAUGACAUCCUUGAUAGCACCUCGCCCUUGGAUCAAGAAGAAAACAACUCCGAAGAUAUUGAUGAUGUCCUUUCUGACGUUGAGUCGCUGUUUGACGAGUCUGAUUCCUCAAGCUCCAACGAGGACGACGCUCCCCCGGAUGAUGCUCUCCAAUCUAGCGAGUCAGGGGAUUCCGAAGAUUCUGAGGAUAUCGAGGAUAUUCCCGAGGACAUUGACGAUAUUCCCGAUGACAUUGAUGAUAUUUCCGAUGACAUUGACGACAUUCUCCCCGAUAUAACGAAUCUCUUUGAAGAGGAUGAAAGCCCAAGCACAAUUUUAAUCUCUGAUAGUGAUGAGAUUCUUUCAGAUAUUGCUUUUUUGUUUGCAGAGAGCAACAUAUCUGACGAAGAUGUGGACGAUAUCCUCCCUGAUAUCGCCUCGUUGUUUGAAGAAACUGAAGACCUUGAUGAGAUUCUCGUCAACAUCGCGUAUCUAGCUCAAGAAUCCGACAUACCAAGUUUUGAGGAUAUUCUUCCCGACAUUGCGUCUCUCUUUGAAGAGAGACGCAUGAAGGCUUCGUCGAGCGAGAGGUAA